GCCUCUUAGUGCCUGCUUGGAUGGGGACAUAGAAAGCUACUGAAGUAUAGAUAGUGAUGCUUGAGCAAGAAUUAUUGGAGAAAUUUUUUUGUGAGAGCAAGUCCAGUGAGCAUAACGUCCAUGGCGAAGAAACCAAUCCCUGGUACUCAUUCUCUCAUAGGCAGGUCAUUUCAACGCAGGUAUCAGGGGAGUUCUCAGGCAUCGAGAAGAAAGAAUUGCGCAAUAAACCCGGCCCGUGAUGAUAUCAUUUCCGACGGCGGGGCAAAAGAGCUUCAAAACCAACUCACCUCGCGCCGACCUUUACCACUCUCUACACCACCAAUUCCACUUCAACACAACUCUCGCAAAUCGACACAGCCGUGCUGAUCGAAAACGAACAAAAUGCCCAAUUACACAAUCACCGACACCCUCCCCCUCCCCAGCACCUCCGUCCAGAUACCCCGCCUCGGCUUCGGCGUCUACCGCUCUCCAACAAACCAAUGCGUGACCUCGUGCCUUAAAGCCCUCGAAGCCGGCUACCGCCACAUCGACACGGCGCAAUUCUACGCGAACGAAGCCGAAGUCGGCGAGGCGAUUCGGAAAUCGGGAAUCCCGCGCGACCAGAUCUUCGCGACGACUAAGAUCCUGAGUCCUGCGGGCUCGCCGGAGGCUACAUAUGACAAGCUGCUGGCUAGUGUUGAGAAGGUUGGGGGUGCGGGGGGGUAUGUGGAUUUGUUCCUGAUUCAUAGCUCGGGGUCUGGGAGUGCGGGGAGGAAGCAGCUUUGGCAGGCGUUGGAGAGGUUGUAUGAGGAGGGGAAGGCGAGGGCUAUUGGGGUUAGUAACUUUGGGGUUAAGCAUAUUGAGGAGCUUAAGCCGUGGGCGAAGGUGUGGCCGCCGCAUGUGAAUCAGAUUGAGGUGAGUCGCAGUCAUCCGAGGGUAUAGGGAUGUUUUGGUGCUAAUGGUGCAGCUCCACCCCUGGAGCCAACAACGCGUGAUCGAUGCGUACUGCAAGAAGAACGGUAUCGUUGUGGAAGCGUAUUC